AUGUGGCUGCUCAAUACCGCCCGCGCCGAGCUCGCGUUCUUUCCUACACCCGAGAGCGUGCCCGGGGGCUACACGAUCCUCUCCCAUGUCUGGGGCAAAGACGAGACAACCUUCCAGGACAUCCAAAACCUUCGUGCUAAAUGCGCCCAGCUCUCGAACGACUCCAUCCGCAACUUCUGCAUUCUGGCCGAGAAGCACGGACACAAGUGGGCGUGGGUCGACACCUGCUGCAUCGACAAGACAAGCAGCGCCGAGCUCACAGAAGCCAUCAACUCCAUGUACCGCUACUACUCCCUCGCCGACGUCUGCUAUGCCUACCUGCACGAUGUCCCUACGAGUUCUGUCGACGUCCUCGAACAGCCCGAAUCUGCCUUCCGGAAGAGCAGGUGGCAUCGGCGCGGAUGGACGCUGCAGGAGCUGAUCGCUCCCGAGCUCGUUGUCUUCCUGUCCCAAAGCUGGGAAUUGUUGGGCACGAAAGCGGACUUGGCACCUCUUCUGGAGAGCAUCACAAGGGUGCCGGUCGGCGUUUUGCAGCUGGAUAAUGUGCCCGCGGACUACUGCAUCGCCGCCCGGAUGGCCUGGGCGGCCGAUCGCGAGACGACGCGUCCCGAGGACGAGGCGUACUGCCUGAUGGGCAUCUUCGGGAUCUUCAUGCCCGCGAUCUAUGGAGAAGGCAGGAACGCGUUCCGCAAGCUGCAAGAGAAGAUCAUGAAGCAGUCAGAAGACGGGUCUAUCUUCGCCUGGGGAAGGGUGUGCAACGGAGAGCCGCAGCUCGAGCAUGAGGCUGGUUUGCGUACACAGUCGCCGCAGUUCAUCGACAGUGUCUUCGCACCCUCCCCGUCUGCCUUCGUUGUGGGGCACGACAUCGAAUAUAGGUAUGACGAGAUUACCAUCGCAAAGAAGAGGACGCCUUGGUAUAACUUCAAGGCGGUGAGGCUUUACACCGCACCUGUACAUACGACACGCUUACCGAAUGUGUAUGCAGCGCAAACGUGA